AUGGUUCAACAUGCAGAACGCAGCUAUCCACUCUCUCUUUACCCAGGACCAAGAGACAAUGCUUCGGCUAGUAACUACUCUGGAGAUGAGAAUGUCCAGUUUUUGGGAGAGAAUGAACAGGAUAAUUCCUCGUACCCUACUAGAAGGCCGCCAUCUUACCACUCCGCAGCCAGUCCUCCAUCAACUGAAGUUUCCCGAGGAUAUAGCCUGGUCGAGAGAUACGCACAAGAUAACAGUGGAAACCCGUUUGCAGAUGACACAGACGAGACUAGCCGAGGACUUGAUGGAGGUCCAACGAUAGUACCUGCUGAUAUACAAGAAGCCACAUCAUCAGGAUGGCAACAUCGUCAAGAACGUGGCGCUAGUCGGCUGCGACGAUACCCUACACGCAAAAUCAAUUUGAUCCAAGGCACAGUCCUGAGUGUGGACUAUCCGGUUCCUAGCGCGAUUCGAAACGCAAUCGAGCCAAAAUACUUGAAUGACUCUAGCAGCCCGCCUGAAGAGUUUACCCACUUACGAUACACUGCGGCAACUUGCGAUCCGGAUGAAUUCAAUCUUCGUAAUGGCUAUAACCUCCGUGCAGCGAUGUACAACCGAUAUACGGAGCUAUUGAUAGCCAUUACUUACUACAACGAGGAUAAAGUACUCACUGCUCGCACACUCCACGGAGUAAUGCAAAACGUCCGCGACAUAGUCCAGUUGAAAAAGACUGAGUUUUGGAAUAAAGGAGGACCUGCGUGGCAAAAGAUCGUGGUGUGCUUGGUCUUCGACGGUAUUGGCCCAUGUGAUAAAGACACAUUGGAUGUGUUGGCUACUGUUGGUAUCUACCAAGAUGGAAUCAUGAAACGGGACGUUGAUGGCCGUGAGACUGUUGCUCAUAUUUUUGAAUAUACAACUCAGCUUUCUGUCACUCCAGCACAGGAGCUUAUCCGCCCAAGGCCCGGAGACGAAUCAGCAAAGAAUCUCCCGCCAGUCCAGAUGAUAUUUUGUCUGAAACAGCAGAAUAGCAAAAAGAUCAAUUCCCAUCGCUGGCUAUUUAAUGCGUUCGGUCGGAUCUUGAAUCCAGAGGUUUGUAUUCUUAUUGAUGCAGGAACUAAGCCAGGUCCCAAGUCUUUGCUUUAUCUGUGGGAGGCAUUCUACAAUGACAGAAAUCUAGGGGGUGCUUGUGGAGAGAUACAUGCCCUCUUAGGACGACGCUGGGAGAAGCUCCUAAACCCUAUUGUGGCCGCACAAAACUUCGAAUACAAAAUCUCCAAUAUUCUAGAUAAGCCACUAGAGAGUGUCUUUGGCUACGUGAGCGUCCUUCCGGGGGCCUUUUCAGCGUACCGAUAUCGGGCCAUCAUGGGCCGCCCCCUGGAGCAAUACUUUCACGGUGACCAUACUUUAUCGGCAAGGCUAGGUCCGAAGGGUAUUGAAGGGAUGAACAUAUUCAAGAAAAACAUGUUCCUUGCAGAGGACCGGAUUCUUUGCUUCGAACUUGUAGCAAAGGCCGGGUUCAAAUGGCAUUUGACCUAUGUGAAGGCUUCAAAGGGUGAGACGGAUGUCCCUGAAGCACCCGCUGAAUUUCUUGGACAAAGACGACGAUGGCUCAAUGGGUCAUUUGCGGCCGGUCUUUAUUCCAUCGUGCAUUUCACUCGAAUCUACAAAAGUGGCCACAAUCUCCUUCGGUUGGCCUGGCUGCAUGUACAACUCAUCUACAAUCUUCUCCAGCUAGUCAUGACUUGGUUCUCUCUCGGUAAGCUGCUGUCAUACCUCCAAAUUGCGAGCCUGAAGCUGAUGAAAUUGGAAGCAUCUUACUGGCUAACGACCUCGGUGAUUAUGGACAUCGUGGGAGUUCCCAGUUCAACAAACAAAAAUCACGGCUGGCCGUUCGGGAAUGAGGCAACCCCGAUUGUUAACAAUGUCAUCAAGACAACAUAUGUAAUCUUCCUCAUCCAGCAAUAUGUACUGGCACUGGGUAAUCGACCAAAAGGAUCCAAAUUCGCUUAUUUGUUGGCCCUUGUGUAUUUCGCUAUCGUUCAGUCCUAUAUUCUUGUUCUUUCAUUCUAUUUGGUUGCACAAGCGUUCUCGGGUGGAGGGGGCCUGGGCCUAGAUACCGAUAAUGGUUUCGGCGGCUUUUUGUCUUCUCUAUUCACUUCGACAAGCGGCUUGGUUUUGAUUGCCUUAGUUUCCACAUACGGCAUUUAUGUCCUUGCCAGCAUUCUAUAUGCUGACCCAUGGCAUAUGGUCACCUCCUCUUGGGCCUACUUCCUCGGGAUGCCCUCUUCGAUCAACGUGUUGAUGGUGUACGCUUUCUGCAAUUGGCACGAUGUAUCAUGGGGAACCAAAGGCUCCGACCAAGUAUCUGCGCUCCCCUCAGCACAGACUCACACCGCAUCUGAUACCGAAUCUACGAAUUUUGUCGAGGAGGCCGAUCAACCGCAAGCAGACAUCGAUACUGAAUUUGAACUCACCGUCAAGCGAGCGUUGACUCCAUUUAAUCCGGCAGUAGAGGAAGAAAAGCCAGACUUGAGUGAUUCUUACAAGACCUUCCGCACUAACUUAGUGUUGUUGUGGAGUCUUUCAAAUGCUCUGUUGGUGAUUUUGAUCAAUAAUGCUUCCGUGACAAAUCUAUGUCUGACGGUGAUUAACUCCUUUCUUUUCUUUUAA